GUAUUUACAUUACACAGGACAUUCAGUCAUAUAGUACACUGUUCAGAGUGGAAGUUAAGCGCGUGAGAUGCGUAGUGCAAUAAUUGCGUAACGUAGACAUGUCGUUCCAGCAAAUAAAUCCUCGACAAGAUCUUGCAAGCAGGAAGAUACUUGAAGAAAUCCAGUUAAAGAAACAGAUGCUUUUGAAGCAAGGUGUGGCGCCUACUCUUAACUCCUCUUCAAUCAGUGCUCUACCUGUCGGAGUAACAAAUCCAUCGUCGAUGUCAGCUGAAGCCCAUAUGCUUUCUCCAUCACAGAGAGUUGCUAUGCAGCAAGCCAAUUCCAUGUCAUUUGGUUUCUUUAUUACUCAGGAUUCACUAUUUGGCAACCUUAUACUACCAGUGCUUCCUCGCUUUCACAAGUAGAUAAACUAUUGUAAAAUGGCGUGCUUGAAAUUAAAAGAACUUGAAUCUUG